UGGGGUUGGGGGUGGGAAAUAUACGGUAUGUGGUUGGCCGUAGAGGUCGAUGCAGCAGAAGGUGGUGAGAGAGUCUCUGGACAGGCAGCUGGCUCUCUGCUAAUCCUCUUGUCCAUUUCUAAUCAAACCCAGCCAGCUGAAGAGCAGGGAACAGAUGGCUUCUGAUGCAUUCCUUGCCUUAUUAGAAGGCGAGCCCAAACGGGAUACAUACAUAUCUAUGUAUCUGCAAUAAAGGAAAAGCCUGAGGAGGGAGCAGAGAGGCGCGGUCUCACGUCAUUUGGGCGGGAAUGGGAGCAGGUUGCUGUAUAAUGAAAUGCCGGAGGUGAUGGUGCGAGAGCGGGGACUACUGCAGUCAAAGUCGAUCCCUGUGGAAACUGUCCCCCCAAACCCCUCCCGAGCGGGAUUGUACAAGGCUUUCGAGUGAGUGAUUGAAUGAGUGUGUGAGAGAGAAACAAGGAUAACCUGCAAUUUACCCAAAAGAACACUCGCCUCAAGCUUUUUAUGCAACUUUUUUCCCCUCUUUCUCACUCCUGCUCCCAACCCAAGGAACCUGACCAGCUUUGAACUGGAAGGAGGGGGCUCAGUGGACUCACCUCCUCCUCUCUCCCCAACAAUCCAAGAGAGAAAUUCCAACCGGAGCCCAGGAGCAUUGGAAAGCGCCGGUAACGAGAAGGAGCCGCUUGUUUGAGGUGUUGUGUGUGUGUUUGUGGGGGACGGGGACGGAUAGGUUUGCCCCCCCCUCCCCCCAAAGGCAAUCGCUGUCCCGUCACCGGAGGCUUUAGCCCCCGGCACCGCCGGUGCCCCCACCCCGCGGACUGGCUGCAGCGAUGAGGCGAGGGCACUGUCCACAUCUGACAGCCUGAGAGGACAAGGGCAGGACGCGGUGCGGAGCGCGGGAGAGGAUCCAGGGGAGGGAGGGCAGGAAGACGGAGCUGUGCAAUCCGGCUGUGCAGCUUCCAAUGAAGAGAGGCUGAGCAGAGGUAUAUAGGAAUGCUUCUAGUGUAUAUCUGCUGGGAAUCUGGACCCAUGAAGAAUAUGGUGAAAUAGAUAUUUAUCUGAACAGCAAGGAUGAGGUUCUGUGCAAAAUCGAUGCUCCUCACUCACUGGCUGCUGCUCGUCUCCGUGUUAAUGCUUUGCUGUAAAUUGCUGUCUGCCUCCAGCCACCACCCAAGGGGACACUCAGGUCAUCAGGUCAAACAGGGCACAUGCGAGGUUGUUGCUGUCCACCGGUGCUGCAAUAAGAACAAAAUUGAGGAACGGUCGCAAACAGUGAAAUGCUCUUGUUUUCCGGGCCAAGUAGCUGGUACAACCCGAGCUCAACCUUCAUGUGUUGAAGCCUCUGUAGUAAUGCAGAAGUGGUGGUGCCAUAUGAAUCCUUGCCUAGAGGGUGAGGAAUGCAAAGUUCUUCCAGAUCUUUCAGGAUGGUCCUGCAGCAGUGGCAACAAGGUCAAAACCACAAAGAUUAGCCCUUCAAGUCCAUUGCAACAUAUGUAGCGAUCAGAGCAAUUCCACCUAUGCCAAAUAUCUCUGUACAAAUGCUACAUCUGUGCAGUAAUGGUGCCUGGGACAGAUCCGAAACAAUGACGGUACGCUGGCAGAUCUUCCACUGCCUGAGGAUUGGCACACCAGGGAGUUCAGCUUAAACACUGCACAUCUGUUGUAAAACAAGCAGAAUGUACUGUAAAGUAUUUCCCAGCACUGAAUGUUAAAGAUUUGAUAACAUCUGUAUUUGAUGUUCUAGAAUACGCAGAGGUGAUAACUAUUUUCCCCCUAUGUUUUGCUCUCCUUAUAUUGAAGCAAACUUCAUUAACCUUCAAUAAACUAUCAAUAGGUAAUUUGAAGCCUUGAAGAUGCCACUCAAGGAGAUGGGAUUUACAUGCUCCUACCAUAUACGGAAACAUUUUCACUAAGGAGUUUUUUUUUCUGCCAAGAUAUUUUGUAAAAACUGUUCAAAAGCCUCUCAUACUUUCCUUUAAUUUUGUAGUAAGUGAUUAAAGGCCAAUUUUAUGAGAAGAAACCAGUUCAACCUGAAGUAAGAAUGGAAAAUGCAGAAACUGUUAUAGCUGGUCAGUCGACGUUAAUUCACUCAUGGGAUGUGGUGUUGUUGACAAGGCCAGAAUUAUUGCCCAUCUUUUAUUCCCUUGAGAAGGUGGUGGUCAGCUGCCUUCUUGAACUGUUGCCGUCCAUGUGGUGUAGGUACGCAAACUGUGUGGAGUAGGAAUGGAAUUCUUGAACUUUAACCCAGCAACUGUGAAGGAAUGGCAAUAUACUCCCAAGUUAGGAUUGAAUAUGACUUGGAAAGGAACUUUUUGAAGUGGAUAUUCUCAUGUGACUUCUGCCCUUGUCCCUUUAGUGGUGGAAAUCAGUGGUUUGGAAAGUGUCAUGCCAAGAUGCCUUCAUAAGUUUUGGCAUUGCGUCUUGUGGUGAAAGGAGUGAAUAUUUAAGGUUGUGGAUAGGUGUGGAUCAAGCAAACUACUUUGUCUUGGAGGACGUCAACCUUCUUGAGUUUUGUGGCAGUUUCACAAUAUUUAUUUGGGCGAUGCAGUUAACCCUCAAGGUAUGGAUGGUGUUGGAUUCAGCAAUGAAAAUGCCUUUGAACAUCAAGGGGAAACAUUUAGUUCUCCCUAUUUGGAAAUGAUCAUUAUGUGGCACUUAUAUGUUGCAAAUGUUCAUGCCAUUUAUAAACCCAAAUCUAAAUAUUCUCUAGGAGUUGCUAUGUGCAAACUUAGACUGUUUCAUUAUCAAGGGAGUUGUGUUGGGAAUAAAUACUGUACAGUUAUCAGUAAACAUCUCAGCUUCUGAUCUUAUGAUGAAAAGAAGCAUUCAUCAUUGAUGAAGCAAUUGACUAGUCUUAGGACUCUACUUUGAAAACUUCUAUCACAAUGUUCUGGUUGAGUAAUUGACCUUCAAUAACUGCAAUCAUCAUCCCUUGUACUAAGUAUGCCUUCAGUCAUGGAGAGAUUUCUCCUUGAACUUCCUGAUUUGAAUUGAGCUAGGAUCCUUGAUGUCACACACUUCCAAACAUUCCUUUACUGUCAAUGGAAGUCAUUCAUAUUUCAUCUCCAGAAUCAGCUCCCAUGUCCAUAUUUGGAGAAAGAUUGAAAUGAAGUCUGGAGACAAAUUGUCCUUGUGGAACCAAAACUGAGCAUUGAUGGUCAGGCAAUUAGUAAGUAGCUGUCAUUUGAUAACACUGUUGAUGACACCUUCCAACACUUUGCUGAUAAUUGUGAACAGAUCUGUGGAAUAAUAAUUGACCGGAUUGGAUUUUUCCUGCUGUUUGUGGACAGGACAUACUUGGACAAUGAUCCAUUUUUUUCAGGCAGUUGCAAAUGUUUUUUCUGCAGUGGAGCAGCUUGGAUGGAGAGAGUGUGACAGCUUUUGGUACUCAUAGAGUUUGCACUUCAUAUUCUUGUGCCAUGAAUUCAAUUAGCUGAAGACUGGCAUUUCUGGGGAGCGAUGGAGGCCAAAGUGGAUCAUCUACCUAAGACUGCUCCCGGGUGAAAAUAGUUGCAAAUGCUUCAUCCUUGUCUUUUGCACUGAUGUGCUGUAUUCUUCCAUCGCUGAGGAUGGCGAGGUUCAUUACAGAGCCUUUUCCUCCCUUCAGCUGUGUAAUUAUCCAUCACCAUUCUUAAUUGGAUGUAACAGGGCUGCAGAGCUUUGAUCAUGUCCAUUGGUUGGGGAUCAGUUACCUCUGCUGUAUCUUCAGCAGGUUUGUAGCAUAUUUGGGCUAUGCCAGUUACUGCUCCUGACAUAUCAUCUUACACAUCUCAUUGUAUCAGUAUUGGUACCCUGAUUAGUACCUGCCACCCUCCUUCAGUGAAUGAACCAAUAUUCCUCCACAUUGACCACAAUUUGCAAGAAUCUAUGUGUGCAAUAAAGGUUUUUUUUUAACCCAGGAUUGACCUUUUGUCAUCAGAUACUGUGGGGUUAAGUGUCAAUGCUAUGGACUCCCAUGGGAAUUCCCACCCAAAUUCCCAGCAACUCUGCCGGGGGCCUGUCCUGCAGGAGGGUCAGGUUGUACUCAGGUGUGGCGAUGGAGGAAUCUGAAAUCAGCUGUAGAAUGAAAUUAUUCUGGGUAUGGAACUACAUCAAGGUGGAAGGCAGCUCUUCCAAUUUUGACACAAGUCCCAAAUUGUUAGUUAGAAUCUGAUAGCCAAUUAGGUUAUUAUUCUGAUAAAUGGCCCAACCUAUAACAUUGACUUGACUCUCUCCUACUGAUGAUGAUUAAUCUUCUGUACAGUUUGCAGCAGUUUAUUUGCUUAAUUUGUCUGUAAUGUGCUGUCAUUUCUGAUGAGAAAAGUCAAUUGUCAAUCUUAUUGUAUUCCAAUUUGCUCGAAUUUGGAGAAAGUGCAGGUAGCUUUGAAAAGUGUUAGUGCCUUAGUCUUUAAAAUUCCAUAGAACUAUGGGCACUUGCAACUGUUGCAAACCAUGGCACACAAUAAAAUAUUGGCUCUGUAUACUAAUUCAGUUGUUUGCAGUUUCCUAUUGUCAAAUGAAAGCUAGAAGGCAUUUUGCAAUGCUGUCACUAUAACUCAGCAUAAAUGUUGUUUUCCUAAUCGCAGUGAUUGACAUGCUGUAAAGUCUGUUGGAAAUGGCUGUUAACAUUAUCAGAUAUUUUGGAAUCAUAUUAGAUGUCUUCAGCUUACACGAUUCUAAAAUAUUUCAUACACUGUUUUAGAUUUCAUAUAUAAGCUAAAUAGAGUGUCUCGAAAACCAAAAGUAAAGUCUAAUACUUGAACAAAACUUCUGAAAAUAAAUAUUUGAGAACUGAGAAAUUCAAAUGACAAAUUUCAAGCACAAUCAUUGAAACAUUGAGUUGAUUAAUAAUCCUCCUUGAUUAGACAUGAUUAGAGGAAGAAAAAUCUCUACUCAUGACAAUGAGCUUGACAUCUGGAAUCAUUUGAAAGACAAUUCUCCAAUUUUUCACAAGCCCCAUACAAUAUUGAGAUUCCCUGGAUAUACCUAAGAAUAUCAAUAAACUAGAACAAUGGCAACAACUUAUACUUAAAUAGUACUUUCAGAAAAUUCCUAAGGUCUUGGUGAAUUUAAUAUUUCAAAUCAGCUUUUGUUCACCCUAAAUUUGAAUCGAAAUAAGAAAAGGAAACUAGCAGCAGACAUUGCUGUGACAUCCUUUGAAUAUUGCUUGCACCUAUACUUUCUACAUUAAGAAGCAGGGUAAUAUGUUUACCAACGCUUUCCUUUCACAAAUUUAUGUUUUAAUUCAGGGAUACCAGGAAUUUCAAUUACUUGAAAUGGGAAUUAACUAAAUGAAUAACGAGUUGGGCAAGGUGUUGAAGAGUAACUGUGGAAGUAAGGGAGUGAUUAGUGAGAUCACAAAGGGAGAAGAAAAAACUGAUGAGGAAAAUGAAAAUAAUUACAAUGUACAUUGCAAUGUUACUUCAAAAUACUAUAAACACAAUUGAAGUUAUUUAAGAAUGAGUGUACUUGGCUGCAAUAUGCCCUGAAACCUCCUAUGGAGGUGACAACACAAUUUUAAUUUCUGCUUUAAGAUUGUAAACUACUUUGCAGGAUACAUAGCUUUCAUGUUGUUAAAUGCUUAAUGAUUUUUUGGCUUAACUUUUUCAUUUUUUAUAAAUAUAUAUAUUCAACAAAAUGUGAAAAUAGUUGAUAGAAAUUAAAAUUUUACACACUUCAGCAAAUAUGUAUUUGUUUAUGCAUUACUGUUUAGAUCUAUUUCACACAACUCAUAACAUGUAUCAUUCACUUGUUCUAUCUGAAUGUUUACAUAGAAAAUAAUUUUUAAUGCAGCAACUUGUAUGCACAAAGAAAUGAUUUAUUUAAAAUGAAUUUAAUUUCAUGUAUAGAUGGAAUUGUAUAAGGUAGCUGCAAAUGUUAAUGUUUGAUGUAUCUUUUUGGGAGAUUAUAUAUGUGAUCGAAGUGGUAAGAAUGUUAUCAUGUUCAUUUUUGACCUUGCAGUCCUUCUCAUUAAAGAUAGUAAAGUUAUCUAAAGCAGUCAUCUGCUUUUGAAUAUGCUAAAUAAAAUUAGAAUUUUAUUA